AUGGCAACACCACCACUAACAACAACAACACCAUCAACAACAGCACCAACCAAGGAAGAAGCCGACAUGACCCAAUCGUUGGCACAAGAUCGUCCCACCAUUGAUGCUGCCAUCAAGUCCUAUAUCAGUUUGGUAUGCGCCAAAGUAUUGACUGCGUCAGCGACAGAUGAUGGUACAUUGUCUUCUACUUCGUCAGUUCCAAUGGCAACAACUAAUACUACUACCUUAACAGAAUCCUCCAAGACGUUGCUGGGAUUGAUUCCAUCUUCCGGGCUUGUUAAUACUAGCAACAGCAACAGCAAAAGUGUGCAACAACAAGUAUUGCAGCUGGCGCGGAUCAUCUUGCAAACACUCAAUCAAUUCACCUUUCCCAUCCAUUGCACGGUCAUGGCAGAUUCCAUGAUGGUGAAAAAACCGGGCGCUUCCAAACAACAUUUGCUCGAAUUGAGCAUUGCGGCGCAAUUGUGGAAUGGCCUUGUGCAAAGCAAGCAAAAGCCCUCCCGGUUCUUGGGCCGUCGAGCCUUGAAACAUGCCUGGAAGAAUCAAUUGAAAGGCGAAAUCUUUACCAAAUUAAUGGAAGGAAACAACAACGACACCAACAAGGAUCACGAUAAGGAUGAUAAUGAUAAUGAUGGUAGCUCUGACGCAAUUCAUCAACACCACCAACAACAACAACUGCAUUGGUUCCAAGAAUUUGAAAGGCUCUUGUUUUAUGAUGAGAAUACUAUUGACAAUGACAAUGACAAUAACAAUCCUAAUGCUAAUGCUGACAAUGAUGCAGCGUUGAUUUGGGCUGCAGAUGGGGGUGCCCAAGAAUUGGCCAAGCGACGAACCAGGCGACAAGAAGAAGCUACCAAACGGGGAGACAGCAGCAAUAUUGCAACAACAACAAGCGAUACUACAAUGAUGGAUACGAUCAGUGAGUGA